CGCAUGCGCAGCAGAAAUGAGCUUCUUGCCUAAUAUUUUCUGCUUAGGAAGAUAAAACACUGGAGAGAGCUUCUCAUUGGCUGCCAUGUCGGAGUCGGCGGACUCUGGUGUCUGUCCGGCGGACUCGGUGAUCCUCCCCCAGCAGGUCUCAGUCCGGGCCCUGGUGACCUUCCACGAUGUGUCGGCCUGCUUCUCGGCCGAGGAGUGGGGUGCGCUGGAGGACUGGCAGAAGGAACUGUACAAGAACGUCAUGAGGGAGAUUCACGCCGCCCUGCUGUCCAUGGGAUACACCAUCCUGAACCCGGAGCAGCUGCUGAGAGUGGAGGAGGGGCAGGAGUCUUCACAGGCCGGAGAGAAGGUUCCAGAACACAAGAACCAUAAUGUCCUCACAGCCGGGGCCCCCAUGUUUAACCCCGACAUUUCCCUAUGGAUCCGCGAGGUGGCGGAGGAGGAGGACGCGACCAAGCCGGAGAAGUCGGAGCAGCCGGCAGUGCGGGAGAGUCCCAGCCCAGAGGUCCCCAUCCUGAAGCCGGACAUCUGUCUGAGAAUAAAGCCGGAUGAGUUGGUCUUUGAGGCUUGUCCAGACCCGGAGGCCGGGGAUACCGACAAUGAGGCUGGUACACCCUCCUCUUGUGUCCCGGCAGGAUCGGGCAUCUCGGUCACCAUUGAGGGGGACGAUGAACCUUUCUGGCUGAACGUCCAGGAGACGGAGACGGAUAAUGAGGAGAUGCUGAGCGAGCACCAUAUAGAUAAUGAGUUUUUAAGCAGCCCAGCUGAGGACCAUCUGUCGGGCCUCCAACCCAACGGACUGUCCUUCGAAAAUGGUUCCUUCGAGGAAUGGGACAACCCAUCCCCCGUUCGCCUCCCACGCCCCAGAAAAUGCCAGUCUAUAUUCAGGAUCGGCCAGCCCCUCUCUGAGCAGGCAUAUGACUUCGAGGAGCCGUCGAGCCCCGUGGAGAUGCGAGCGUUCCAGUGUUCGCAGUGCCAGCAGAGCUUCAGCGAGCGCGAGACCCUCCUUUUGCAUCAGACUGUCCAUGCCACUUGGAACCAUGACGCGCAGGAAGACCGAGGAGAUGAGUACAUAGUCCCCGCCCCUUCGUCUUCCGCCAUCAUCAGAAGCUGCCCCGCCCCGUACCUAUGCGGGGACUGUGGCAAAGGUUUCAACAGCUCCUACAAGCUGAAGAUCCACCAGAGAAUUCACACAGGGGAACGCCCUUACAAGUGCCUCGUAUGUGAGAAACGCUUCCACAAGAGCGCCCACCUGAAGGUCCACCACCGUACCCACACGGGGGAGCGGCCUUACGGCUGCCAGGUGUGCGGCAAGAGGUUUACCAAAUCCUACCAUCUGAAGGUCCACCUCCGGACCCAUACCGGCGAACGCCCUUACCAGUGCCCUAUUUGCCACAAAACCUUCAGCGUCAACUCACACCUGACUGUCCACAUAAGGACUCACUCAGGCGAAAAGCCCUUUGUCUGCUUCGAGUGCGGCAAGAGCUUUCGGCAAAAGACCAGCCUCCUCAGCCAUCAGAAGUCCCACCAGCGCUUAGUAGAGCGGCGGAAGCUGACGUGGAAGACUUUGUGGCCGGAGAAAUGAAAAGGCCUCCAGCUCUUUCUAGCUCAGCAUUUAACUCUUCUAAGAGCAGUUACUAACUGGCGAGAAGCGUUUUUACUUCUUGAGGAACAUGGAACGGUGGUGUGACCAGUAAUCUCUGUACCAGUUGAGGGGUUGCUGCCAGUUGCAGGAGUAGUACUGCCAAAAGUGGACCCAGGACACUGAUCCUACGUUUAAGGCCUACCUGGGCUCUUUAUAGCAA